AUGUCUUCCCCAACCCAAUUGCCAGCUUGGAAAAAGCUCGAACAACUUUACGAAUCAAAGGGUAAGGGCUUCUCGUCAAGAGAUGCCUUCAAGGCCGACACCGAUAGAUUCAACAAGUUCUCCCACACCUUCACCAACUAUGACGGCUCUAAAAUUCUCUUCGACUACUCGAAGAACCUGAUUGAUGAGUCCAUCUUGUCAGCGCUAUUUGAACUUGCAAAAGAAGCUAAGGUCGAAUCGUUGAGAGAUGACAUGUUUGCCGGUAAGCACAUCAACACCACCGAAGACAGAGCGGUCUAUCAUGUUGCGUUAAGAAACAGAGCCAACAAGCCAAUGCACGUCGACGGCGUCAACGUGGCACCGGAGGUCGACGCGGUUUUGCAACACAUGAAGGAGUUCUCGGACUCUGUCAGAUCCGGGGAGUGGAAGGGUUACACAGGCAAGAGAAUCGAGAAUGUUGUCAACAUCGGUAUUGGUGGAUCUGAUCUUGGUCCAGUCAUGGUCACUGAGGCCUUGAAGCCCUACGCGCACGAGUCGAUCAAGGUCCACUUUGUCUCCAACGUUGACGGUACCCACAUUGCUGAAACAUUGAAGCUCUGCGACCCUGAAACGACGCUGUUCUUGAUCGCCUCUAAGACCUUCACUACAGCGGAAACAUGCGCCAACGCCCAGUCUGCAAAGAACUGGUUUUUGGACGCCGUCAAGGAAAAAUCUCACAUUGCCAAACAUUUCGUCGCUUUGAGCACAAACGCUCCUGAAGUCGAGAAGUUCGGUAUCGACACCAAGAACAUGUUUGGAUUCGAAAACUGGGUCGGCGGUAGAUACUCUGUCUGGUCCGCCAUUGGUUUGUCUGUUUGUAUUUACAUCGGUUACGACAACUUUGAUAAGUUCCUUAAAGGUGCCCAGGCCGUUGAUGAGCACUUCACCUCCACCCCAAUUGCGGACAAUAUUCCUAUGAUUGCCGGUCUAUUGACUGUUUGGUACAACAAUUUCCAUAAGGCCCAAACUAAGUUGGUUGCUCCAUUCGACCAAUACAUGCACAGAUUCCCUGCCUACUUACAACAAUUGUCUAUGGAAUCUAACGGUAAAUCAGUUACCAAAGACUCCCACUUUGUCAACUACGAAACUGGUGUAGUUCUUUUCGGUGAACCAACCACCAACGCACAACACUCCUUUUUCCAGUUAGUUCAUCAAGGUACAAAGUUAAUUCCAACCGAUUUCAUCUUGGCCGCUAAAUCCCACAACCCAAUCGAGCAGAACAAGCACCAACGCAUGCUUGCAUCCAACUACUUUGCACAAGCAGAGUCCUUGAUGUUGGGUAAGACAGAGGAACAGGUCAAGGCUGAAGGCGUCACCGGAUCCCUUGUUCCACACAAAGAGUUUUCUGGUAAUAGACCAACUACUUCUAUCCUUGCACAAAUGAUCACCCCAGCCUCAUUGGGUGCCUUGAUUGCAUACUAUGAACACUCUACUUUUGUUGAAGGUGCUAUCUGGGGUAUCAACUCAUUCGACCAGUGGGGUGUUGAAUUGGGUAAGGUUUUGGCUAAGGUCAUUUUGAAAGAAUUGGAGAACACCGAUCCAGUUUCUUCCCACGAUUCAAGUACUAGAAACUUGAUCAACCAAUUCAAAGCAUGGGCUUAA